AUGUUUCUCUUUGUCGGCGGGAUCAGGAAGCUCCGAUCGUUCUCCACGGCGGCGGCUCAGCCGUAUCUCCUGGUCAGAGAGAGGGAAGUCACCGUGAAGUCGUCCAGUGAAAGAGUGGUCACCUUAAAUCUGUUGGAUCCGUGUAAGCUUGAGACGGUGAAGAUCCCCGGCAAGAGUCUCCCGACGGAGGUUGCGAAGUCGUUGAGGAUAGGUUCAUCCAAGGGAUGGGUGGCUCUGACGGACCUUCAAAAUUCGAAACUGCGUCUCACCAAUCUAUUUAACCCUUGUGCCUCUUCACCAACAACAAUAACACUGCCCCCUGUCGAUGGGUGUUACAGAGGUUCAGCUGCCCGAGUUUACAAUGUCUCUCUCUCAGCCUCCCCGAACCAACGUGACUGUGUAGUGGCUGCUAAGUUGUUUGCUCCAGUCAUUAGUCUGUGUCGGCCUGGUGACUCGGAGUGGACACACAUCGAGACCCCAAACCAUUUCUUCACUUCAGCUGUGAUGCACUCUAUGAGAGACCAGAAGUUCUAUCUCCACUCCUACUGA